AUGAUUGCUCCCAUUCCCAAGAGUCGUGGAGGGAGCAAUAAAGGCCCGGGCCUACAAGCUCUCUUGUUCCGCCGUUUGUCUCAUUCUACUGGGCUCUCGGUUGGGCUUGAGAGUGUUUACUGUUGUCAUGGAUUUCAAGGCAUGAUCGUCUCUCUGCGAGGUUCAUGGAGAGGCGAGGGAUCCAAGAUGCACAAUCAUACAGUGUCUUGCUCCUGGAAACCUUAUUCCUUCGGGGGAAGGGUGGAAGGGGGCGCUACAAAUGCACCGAAACAGCGUCAAGGCCUGAGGUUUAGGCUGCGAUGCGAGGAUUGGUGCAGAUAA